AUGAACAACUGCUCGAUCCACGCCAGCACAUAUGGGCGUAUCACCACACGUCCUUAUACACCACACACACCCCUGUCGAACGAGCCGUCUGGUGCUUAUAACACAGCCGCACUCACGGAAACAGAGACAGAGCCAUUGCAUCCCACUAGGCACGCGUGGUAUGGCACAUACACACGGGAUGAAUGCAUGCGUAAGUGGCGUGAUGACUCAUCGCUCGGCUCAGCGACCGAAUACUGCGCAAAGCGUCGGAGAACGGGUAGUGCUACUUUAGCGAGCCUACGGGUGGUUGAUAGUAAUGGACAAGUACAGAGAUGUGCGUGUGGGAAGUGAGACACAGGUCGUUCUACUGUAGCGUGCAUACGGGUGGUUGGUGGUAAUGGACAAUUACAGAGGUGUGCGUGUGGGAAGUGAGUGUGACGUCUGAGUAGGACAAACUCUGUGAGAGUCAAAAGACAAACUCGUGCAACCGCCGUGUCAUACCACAAAAAUUGGUGUCGCAAAAUCGGUUUGCAUAGUGGGAUUAGGCUGGUUGAGAGGAAGCCAAAACUGCCCUGGAAAUUUUCGGCCAUUUUUUGAAGUGGCCAAUAUAUGGACCUGGGGCGGCACACAGAGACAACAGAUGCAAGUGUACCGAACUGUAUUUAUUUGGGACGCACGAGUGUGUGUCACUCGGCUAUAGUUGGAGAUCGAAAGUCCGCAAGUGCUUCGGUUAGACUGAACGAAUGGCCGUGUUGGCGUAGCAACGCAUGACCAAGGGCUGAUUAUAUUUUUAAAACGGAAACAAACCAAGUUUAUACGGCGACCCAUUAGCUGUACAUUGAAACAAAUUGGACAAUAAACUGAGCAG